AAAAAUGACACAGCAUUGUCUUUGGUGCCUAUAAAAAGCAAGUUUCUAAACCCGUUGAGCAAGUAAGCAAUCACUCGUCUUCGUGUUCAUACACAGAAAACAGAGAAGCAGCUCAACCAGCACCACGACAACCAUUCUGAAGUAAACUUCAAUAUCAGUCUCUGAAAAUGGCUUGCAAGUACCAUUGGGUAAUUAUAAUUACAUUUCAAGCUCUCCUCUUUGCCGACCAUGGCCAUAGUCAUCGCAUCCUGGCAGUUAUGCCGUACGCUUCAACAAGUCACAAGAGCACGAUCGUUCCGCUGAUUUCUGCGCUGGCGGCACGGGGCCACCAUGUCACUUACGUGUCUGGAAAGCCAACCGAGCAACUGCAGAAUAAGACCAACGUCAGAGAAAUUGUUAUCGACAUGAAAGUUGAAUUCACUGUCGCUAACAGAGGAGCUGGCAAGCAAUCAUUCUUUGAAAACAUUGUAGAACGACCCUUCAAGACUAAAAUGGCGUUCCUUGAAAAAUUCCGCGAAGUACCCGAAAGUACGAUCAACAGUACUUUUAAAGAUCCUCAAAUCAGACGCAUGAUGGAAAAGGAAGAAUUCGAUCUCGUAUUGAUUUCAGUCAUUACCGCUUACGUUGGCUAUCCCUUGGCUUGGCAUUUCAAUUGUCCUUUCGUUAUUAUGAGCCCCAAUGUUGUGCUGGCCGAUAUGCCGUUCGUAAUGGGAGAUUCGGAACACACCGAGUACGUCCCUUUCAUCAUGUCUGGUUUCACGCAUCACAUGAGCUUGAUGCAGCGCACAAUCAACACAGCUCUUGUCCAUUUGACGACGAAGAUUCCGAAAUCGUUCAACACACCCGUCUUCGACAAACUGGUUCAACACUAUUUACCGGCGUGUCCUCCCCUGCUGGACAUUGAACACAACGUGAGCCUCGUUUUUACAAACACUCACCCGAGUAUUUCUUAUCCGCGAGCAAGUCCACCAAGCCUGAUUGAAGUUGGAGCCAUUCAUUGUCGACCUGCGCAAACUUUACCAACGGAUAUGGAAGAUUUUAUUAACGAUGGAGGUAAUGCUGCUGGGUUUCUGGUCUUCACCGUUGGAUCAGUCAUACAGAUGGACGAGAUGCCCGAAAAAAUAUUGAAUGUGUUCAAGAAUGUGUUUUCUCGUUUGCCUCAAAAAGUAAUCUGGCAGUGGAAAACCCAACCGAAAAAUCAGACAAUGCCUCCCAAUGUAAUGCUAUCCAGUUGGUUGCCACAACAAGACCUUUUAGGCCAUCCAAAGUGUAGAGGAUUCCUUACGCACGGAGGUCUGUUGAGUACUCAGGAAGCUGUGUAUCAUGGCGUUCCUGUAAUUGGAAUUCCCUUCGUGACCGACCAAGAAAACAACAUGAUCAAAGCCGUUAUGGAUGGUUAUGCCAUCAAACUCGCCUGGAACGAUAUAGACGAAGAACAAUUGCAUGGCGCCAUUCUUGACAUCCUUAAUGAAGAAAAGUAUCAAUUGAAUGUAAAGCGGUUACAGUCUCUCUUGAGAGACCAACCAGAAACACCACUAGAAAGAGCUGUGUUUUGGACGGAAUACGUACUUCGCAACAAAGGUGCAGCGGCUUUGCAACUCGGAUCGAGAAAUUUGUCUCGUUUCCAACGAAACCUGUUGGAUGUUUAUUGUGUCUUGUUCACAAUACUCCUAUGUAUAACAGCAACAAUCAUCUGCAUCGUCAAAACGAUACGAAGGACGCAACGAAGCUUCAAACAACACAACAAGUAGAAACGGUGCGGACGAUCCAAGCAAAAGAAAACAAAAUCUCCAGAUCGGAAGUUACAUUUUUGUAUAAUAAGUUAAACGACAAAAUUAAUUUUCAGAACGCUGAAAAAGAAAAAUAUUUAAUAAACUCUCAACGUGUGCAAGAAAGUUGUAAUUCGAAGUUUGUAAUUUUUUCCAAGUGCUGUAAGUCGUAGCCGUGAAGGUAGUUUGUUCCAAUUACCUGUAGUUGUACAGGUUACUGGGCUGGCUCUGACCCAUGCAUUUAAAACCCAAACAAUCUUUGCGCAUGGCGAUAGAUUUAGCCCGUAGUCCAACCCCAAAUUACACAAUCAAACGUCUUACCGCUAGAUGUCUACGUGUUUUAAUGGCCAUAGCCAGCCACGGCUCCGCCAUCGUCAGCUGAUUCUUGUUUUCCUUUAUUCCUUGCGUGGUACAAACGUUAACUUUCAGCGCAAACAUGGUAACAGUGCAUAUUGGAAUAUAAAUGUGAAGCAAUCGUUGAAUCUUUCGACGAAAUAAAUUGCAUGGAAAACAAAAAAUGUUUUUUGCGAAGAUAGGAGAGGGUAAGAUGGGCGCCGUCGACAGAUUGGCGAGACAUUUUGUUUAUUUUGUUUCCAUUUCUUUAUGGAACCGAAAAACAAAUGACUGACCUCAAAAACACUUGAGGCGUACUUCGUAACCCUUCCUUUCGAAAUUUCUUCGUUGUCUCUUGACUACAGAGCGCCAUCUACGACUGAAACGAACGUAAUAAGUGCUGCAACUGUCUUCGAUGAAAUCAAUCUGUCUCAGGAUACGGGCCGAGAGCGCACGUUCCUUCUUAUUUCUUCCCUAGGCACAUUUAGCACGCCGCACUCGGGCUUCCCUUUAAAUUAACUUAUUUUCCGUUGAUAGUCUUGUACCAAAAAAAGAAAAGCUUUAUUAGAAAUAUUGCUCGUGAAAAAUUUCCAUUUGGGGAUCUAAACUUCUGUCAUUUUAAUUAAAUGCGUUUACUUUGGUUUGGGUUAGUUGUGCUUGUCCAACUGCCGAAUUUAAUAUCAGCAGCUUGUGAUGGAAAACAAUUUGCGUGCAAAAACGGACACGGGUGUGUGGCUACUAGUCAACAUUGUGACCACGUGAUCGAUUGCGAUGACGGAUCCGACGAGUUUGAUUGCAAUUAUCCUUGUCGGAGUCCUCACAUGAAACCUUGUAGGGAUGGUCAUUGUAUUGCCAUGUACUUCUUUUGUGAUAGGGAUAAUGACUGUGGAGAUUGGUCUGAUGAGCUCAAUUGCACUGGCCUGUUACCUGGCUCGAAAAUGAAUUGCCCACCUAACACAUUUCACUGUGAGGGGCAAGUGUGCAUCCCCCAAAACUGGGUAUGUGAUGGCAUGGAGGAUUGCUCUGAUGCAAGAGAUGAGCUUCACUGUAACAAAAUGAAUUGCCCAUCUAACACAUUUCACUGUGAGGGGCAGGUGUGUAUCCCCCAAAACUGGGUAUGUGAUGGCAUGGAGGAUUGCUCUGAUGCAAGAGAUGAGCUUCACUGUAACAAAAUGAAUUGUCCAUCUAACACAUUUCACUGUGAGGGGCAGGUGUGCAUCCCCCAAAACUGGGUAUGUGAUGGCAUGGAGGAUUGCUCUGAUGCAAGAGAUGAGCUUCACUGUAACAAAACAAAAGUAAGAUGAUUGUUAUCUUAGGUAUUUUUAAUACUGACAUUUUCCCCUUCAUUGUGCAUCAAAAGAAUUGCGGUGUUCACAAAGUUUAAGUAGCCUAAAGGUUUUUUUUUCAGCUUCCCACUUUUGUCAAAAUCUGAAAAACGGCAUCUCUUGAAAAUCGACAAAAAUCAUACAACCAACUAAUAAUCGA